UUAUCGCCGUCUCCCAGGCGGGGACAAGCACUAUCUGGAAUGUCUCGGGAACAUGUAAUAACCAGAAUAUUUGCGACAUCGAUCUCAAGUACGCGGAUCCCUACGACAAAAGAACCGGCUGCAGAGGCGGCCCAGGAACAUUUGCAGGAGAUGGGAAAAAUGGAAGGUCAUCAUGUACGCCUCCGGGUACCAAAUGCACAUAUGUCUGGGGUUGCUUGUGAGCGUAAGGUGGGAAGUAAGUCAGCCAAAUGUAAUGAAUAA